GAGGAUAGCGGGGGAAAUAACAAAAAAGAUUUGAAAUGCCUUGUAUCCCUCCCUAAGCAUUUCAAGUAGAAUUAGACAAGGGUCCCCUCCCCCGGUGCACCAAACCAAAUAUGCGGACGCGGUAUAUCUUGAAACGCAGAACACCAUACUGAUACAUGCUCCGUAAAGAGCCUGUAUUGUAUGGUAUACAUCCAUCUAUGGCGUUUAUGCACACCCCUUCAUUCCAUGAAUGAAAACUGAGCACCAUCAUCAGAUCUUCCCUUUUUUCUAUUCAGAGACCAGAGUUGAUCCACAAUAUAGAAUUCCAUGAUGCGGAUUAUUUGAUUCGAUUCUUUUCCGAUUAUAUACAAAGCUUCUAUUUUUAUUCACAGUAGGACAGCUCAAGAUUUCAUUUUUCAACUGUUUCCGAAGCUCUAACAAGAAGGUGCGCCAUAGCUACAGCCUAAUUCUGGGUAUCGAGAGUCUGGUAAAAUGGGGAGAAGUCUAAGUCCAAUACUUCGUCGGGAGUUGGAGAAUCUUGACAAGGAUGCUGAUAGUAGAAAAUCAGCUAUGAAAGCAUUGAAAUCUUACGUCAGAGACUUGGAUUCCAAGGCAAUACCCAUCUUUCUUGCUCAGGUUUCUGAAACCAGACAAACUGGUUUAUCAUCUGGCGAGCACACAAUUUCGUUAUAUGAGGUUCUUGCUCGAGUCCAUGGGCCAAAAAUUGUCCCUCAGAUAGACAACAUUAUGAACACCAUUAUCAAGACCUUGUCCUCGAGUGCAGGAGCUUUUGCUCUUCAUCAGGCUUGCUCAAAGGUGGUUCCGGCUAUAGCAAGGUAUGCAAUUGACCCAACAACAGCAGAGGAUAGCAAGAGAUUUGUCAUUCACUCUCUGUGUAAGCCACUUUCUGAUUGUCUUUUGGGUAGCCAAGAAAAUUUGUCUUCUGGAGCUGCGCUUUGUUUACAGGCACUUGUUGAAUCUGAUAAUUGGCGAUUUGCUUCAAAUGAAAUGGUAAAUGAGGUCUGUCAGAGAGUUGCAGGGGCUCUGGAGGAGCAUUCGCAGACCAAUUCCCAUAUGGCCUUAGUUACAGCUUUGGCUAAACACAAUAGCCUAAUUGUUGAAGCCUAUGCCAGACUUUUGAUACAGUCUGGGCUGCAAAUUCUUGAUGCUGGUUUUACGGAGGCAAAUUCUCAAAAACAGUUGUCCUCCAUACACAUGCUGAGUUCUCUAAUGAGAUGUUUGGAUCCGAAGAGUAUAUUGUCUGAAUUGGAGUUGGUAAUUAAGGAAAUGGAGAAAUGCCAAUCAGAACGGAUGCCUUUUGUUACAGGGGCUGCUUUUGAAGCACUGCAGAUCGCAAAGAGAAUAUGUGCUGAUAAAGGUUCCAAACUGGAGAGGGGUAUAGGUUCGGCCUCUGGCUCAAACUUUGACAGAAUGGAUCACAGUAUGAAGAAGAAUAUUUGUAGUUCCGGAAACCAAUCACCUUUCAUUGCAUCACCUGAAUCACAAACUGUUGAUUCUUUCCUUGGCUAUGAUUAUUUUAAUGAAUCACCCAAUUCAAUGAAUCAGAGCCAUCAAGGUGCAGCUUAUGAUCGGAGGAGUGUGAAUCGUAAACUUUGGAAAAGGUGUGAGAAUGAUGUCCUGGAUGUAUCUCUUAAAGAUGGUCUAUUCUCAGAUAUAACUCGAGGAAGUGACAUCAUUAGCUCUGACUAUGAUGACUUUUCUCAUAACAAUGGAGAUUAUCUUGAAAAUUUCGCAGGUUUUGUUCAAGUGAGUGCUGAAAAUGGAGUUUUGAGUAGCAAUACUCUCAGUCCUCAGCGGUCCAACUCUCACAUUAAUGUUGAUGAUGUGAAGAUUUUUUCUACCCCAAGAAAGCUCAUUCGCUCACUUCAGGAUUUAGAUUACUCUGGGCCAGGCUACUGUAUGCAACAAGUAAGAAGGUUUGGAAGCCCAAAGACGAGGACAUUCGCUUGGACACAUACAUUAAUGCAUGAACAAAAUGGUCUUUCUCAGGACAUGGACCAUGAGAGCAAUAGAGACAAAAAAUCUUCUUCUGGAGGUGACCUGUUCCGUGGUAGCUCAGAAUCAGUUUCCUCCACGGAAGAUGUGUUUACCAACAAAGAUGUACAAUUGUUGCCGGAGGUAGUUCAUUGUAUUAAACCGUCAGAAUUUCAGAGAGUCAAUGUUCAAGAAAACCAUAGUAACUCCAGCCCCGGCAUUGUUUGUGGUAUUUUUGUUGUUCUAGUUGCAGUGAUAUUGUGUUUGUUAGCACUAGGUGGUCAGGAUGAUUACAACAUUCUUGUCCCAACCUAGAGUCUCAUUCUGACUAAUGAAAACUCUUGUACUUUGCCAAACUUUAGGAGCAUUUGGAUGAUACCUUAUGUAGGUAACUAGAGAAGCAUGUCAAUCAUCUAUGUUUGGACUUGUUUUCAUAGGUUUGCUACUCUUUGAGAAACAACUGCUCCUUGUAGAAAACU